AUGCGCACGCCGACGAAGAAGAGAAAGACACCGAUAAAGGAGACUAAGUCGGUCUCUGUUUCUACGACGUCGACGCCCGUGAAAACCUCUCCUAAAGCGCGGAGAAAUCUUAAACUUUCCGACGUCGAAGAAGAAGACGUCGCGAUGCUGAAAGGGGAAAAAGGAAAAAAAACGCAAAAGAAGAAAAUGAUUGUCCCGCCGGCGAGUUCACCCGUGGAGAAGGCUGGGAGCACGAGAACGACGCCUAAACGCGCUGCCGCGACAGAUGCGAGUAAGAAGUUUGAGCAGCAGCAGCGAAACGGCGGGUUCGAAAGCGACGACGAUGUCGUUCUUGGAGAUGAUGAUGAUGAUGAUGAGGAGGACGACGGUUCGACAAAAAUCUCUCGUGGCAAGAAGACGGGCAAAAAGCAGACGCCGACGAAGAAGAAGAAGAAAAAGAAGAACGAUGACUCGUCCGACGAUGACUUCGACGAGGAAGAUUUCGAAGACGAGUUGUUCACGAAGAAGAAGAGUCCGAGUAAGAAUCUUACGCCAACGAAGAGACGGCGCCCAGGGAAGUCAGAUCCGCCGACGCCGCAGUCCAGGUACGUUUAG